AUGGCGGAGUUAUCGUAUGAUAAGUUCAUAUUAUUUGGGGAUUCGAUAACUCAAUUCAGUUGUGCACAAGAUGGGGGAUAUGGCUUAACUCCUGCAUUGCAGGAAUUAUAUGUCCGAAAGUUAGAUGUUAUUAAUCGUGGAUUCAGUGGAUACAAUUCUGACCAUGCCAGACUUAUAUUGCCGAAGAUAUUGGAAGCUGAAUCAAAUGAGGAGAAGAAUAACAUUAAGCUAAUGACAAUAUUCUUUGGUACUAAUGAUGCUUUUCAAGUUGAGGAUGAGUUAAAUAACGUUCAGGCAGUUCCGUUGGAUAGGUAUAAAAAGAAUUUGAGUGCAAUGAUCGAACUAGCAUUGGAGUAUAAUAUUGAUCCAAUUGUGAUUGGCCCUGCCUUACAUUACGACGAAUUAGCUAGGGUAGGGUUGAAAGAGAGAGGGAGGCCAUCAGAUAAACCGCGAGUCACUAACAAAAGGUAUUUGGAAUAUAGUGAAUGCGCAGAAGUUGUUGCGGAUAAGUAUGAGGUUGCUUUUGUAGAUUCAUGGAAUGCCUUUAGGACAGCUGGUGGAUGGACUAAAGAACAAGUGUUUAAUUACCAAAAUACCGAAGGAUUACGUGAUUUCUUUCACGAUGGAGUACACUUCACUCCCCAGGCAUACCAAGUCUUGACUACUGAAAUUCUUGAUGCAAUCAACUUUACUCCCUUCGUGCCCGAACUAGUUCCUGACAAGUUUAAGACUUGGGAAGAUGUUCGUCUCGACGACUUGCCAGAUUCAAUGUUAACAUCUAAUAAUGGUCAUUUGGUUCCACCUAAGCACAGACAUGCAUUAAGUUACGAUAAAUUUAUUAUGCUUGGUGAUUCAAUCACACAAUUCAGCAGUAAUCAGACUGGUCCCAGUUUUGGGUUAAUGCCCGCAUUACAGAAUGAAUAUAUCAGAAGAUUAGAUGUCUUGAAUCGUGGAUAUGCCGGGUAUUAUUCCGAAAUGGGAAAGCAUUUAUUACGAAAAAUAUUACGUGCAGAAUUGAAUUCUACUAAAGAUAAUAUUAAGUUAUUAACAAUAUUCUUUGGAACCAAUGACGCUUUUCAAAUAAAUGAUGACUUAAGCGAAAUACAAUCUAUACCUUUGGAAAGAUAUAAACAGAAUUUAUCAGAAAUGAUUGAAAUGGCAUUGGAGAAUAACAUUAGUCCAAUUAUUAUUGGUCCUACUUUUCAUGAUACCGAAAGGGCGUAUAAAUUCUUUCAUGCUCAAGGUAGAGAAGUGAAUUCGCCGGCAGCUACUCAUAAGCGAUACUAUGAAUAUUCCGAAGGUGCAAAAGAAGUAGCCACGAAGUAUAAUGUGGCAUUUGUUGAUCUUUGGAAUGCUUUUAGAAUCGAUGGAGGCUGGCUGAAAGAGCAAUUGUUAUCUGGAAAUGAAAAGGCUGGUCCUGGACGAGUACGCGAUUACAUAUCCGAUGGGAUUCAUUUCAAACCACUAGCGUAUGCAAUUGCGUAUGAGGAAAUUAUGAAAGCGAUUCGUGCACACUAUCCUAAAUUAGCACCAGAGAAAUUGCCUGAAAAAUUAUCGUACUGGGCUGAUAUUGACCCAAACGAUGUCGAAUACACACUUUUUAAACCUCAAAACCCUGAUUCUCCUUCAAAACAGGUGGAGAUUAUCGAUACAUCGGCACUCAAAGAAAAGGCAAGAACAAUGAUUGGGCAAUGUUUUGAAGAAUAA